AUGACAACAGAGAUUAGAAAUAUAAAACUGGUGCAGAAGAUUGCGUCUGGGGCCUUUGGGGACAUAUUUAUUGGGCAGAACACGGUAACCAACCAGACGGUUGCGGUGAAGUUAGAGAAGAAGGCGCACUAUGGGCAGCUUAAGCACGAAUAUGGCGUGUACAAGGCGCUUGGAAGCACGCGUACUCCGAAGAUUUACGAGUAUGGGAAGAUUUUGUAUGAGAAUGUAUAUGUCAAUGGGUUGGUGAUGGAGCUGAUGGGGAAGUCUUUAGAACAGCUAUUUGUCACGUGUAACAGGCGUUUCUCGCUCAAGACUGUAUUGAUGCUGGGGGAAAAGAUGGUUGACAAUGUAGAGUACCUGCACCACAGAAACUAUGUUCACAGGGACAUUAAGCCCGACAACUUUGUGUUUGAUGUCCGAGGAGACAAGCUAUAUCUGAUAGACUAUGGGCUGGCAAAGGAGUUCCGGAACCCGAUGACGUUCAAGCACAGGGAGAUGAGGACGGACAAAUCCUUGACUGGGACGGCAAGAUAUGCCUCUCUAAGGACCCACCAAGGGUAUGAGCAAAGCAGAAGAGAUGAUUUAGAAAGCAUUGGAUUUUGCAUGGUGUACUUCCUCAAAGGAAGGCUUCCGUGGCAAGGGCUGAAAGCGAAGACAAAGCAAGAGAAGUACGACAAGAUAAGGGAAAGCAAGGAGGGGAUGUCGUUGUAUGAACUGUGCAUGGGGCUUCCAAAAGAGAUCCACUCAUUUUGUUUCUAUGUCCGGAACCUUGGGUAUGAAGAUAUGCCGAAUUAUGCGUAUUUAAGGACACUUCUCAAUGAUGCUCUUAGGCAAAGAGGCCUAAGGAAUGACGGAGUGUUUGAUUGGAUAGCAAGGACGCCCUCUGAUUCUCUGGGGGAUCUGGAGAUUCUGUGA